UCUGCAAUGUCAGCAGCCGCAGCAGCGGCGGCGGCGACGCGAGCGGCAGCUGCGCGGGCCCCGCGGUAGCCGCCAGCGCGGCACGGCCCGGCAGACGCGCACGGCUCCGGCCCGCGGCCACCUCGCUGCCUCCGGGGCGCUGCGGGCGGCUCUGCGCGCCCCGGCGCGGCGCUCGGACUCGGGGCCAGCCCGGCGGCGGCCGCGCACAAAGGACCGCGGACACCGGGACUCCGGGGGCUGCACCCAGGGACCGGCCCGGGGACCGCCAGCCGCGCCGCGUCUUCUCCACGCCUCCCCUGCACGGGCGACGGGCACCCGAGCCUUAGCGGGCUCCGUCAUAUGACAGCGGCGACACAGCAGCCGGCGAGCGCGCUUGCUGCCCGCUUCGCUGCGCCACGGCCGCCGGCGCCUGGGGUGGCCCGCGCCGCGCUCAGCUGAGUGGCCGCCCGUCGCCGCCACCCCGCGUCCCCCCGCGCCCCGGCUCGCGGGCCCGGGGGCAGGAGCCGAGGGGAGCCCCCCGAGCCUAAAAUGGCCACGCUGCUCCGUAAAAUCGGGCUCAUCCGCCUGCACAACCGGGACACCGAGGACCCCAAGCACCACCACAACCACCGCGGCGGCGGCGGCGGCGGCCAGCAGAGCGCCUCGCUGCGCGGCAAGGGCGGCGCCAAGAGCGGCGGCCACAAGCAGCAGCAGCAGCAGCAGCAGCAGCAGCAGCAGCAGCAGCCCGGGGGCGCGGGCGACGCGAGCCCGGGGCCCGGCAAGGGCAAGGGCAAGCGCGCGGCGGAGCUGGCCCCGCGCGACAAGCCUCCGCAGCCGGCGGCGGGCGCGGCGGGGGCGGCGGGAGCCGGGGGCCCCCGGGAGCGGGCCGCGGGCGCCAGGGCGGGGCCGGGCCCGGCGGCGGCGGCGGGUGGCAGCCUGGUGCCCGCGGCGCGCCAGCAGCACUGCACGCAGGUGCGCAGCCGGCGGCUCAUGAAGGAGCUGCAGGACAUCGCGCGCCUCAGCGACCGCUUCAUCUCCGUGGAGCUGGUGGACGAGAGCCUCUUCGACUGGAACGUGAAGCUGCACCAGGUGGACAAGGACUCGGUGCUGUGGCAGGACAUGAAGGAGACCAACACCGAGUUCAUCCUGCUGAACCUCACCUUCCCCGACAACUUCCCCUUCUCGCCGCCCUUCAUGCGGGUGCUCAGCCCGCGCCUGGAGAACGGCUACGUGCUGGACGGCGGCGCCAUCUGCAUGGAGCUGCUCACGCCGCGCGGCUGGUCCAGCGCCUACACCGUGGAGGCCGUCAUGCGACAGUUCGCCGCCAGCCUGGUCAAGGGCCAGGGACGGAUCUGCAGAAAAGCUGGCAAGUCAAAAAAGUCCUUCAGUCGCAAAGAAGCUGAAGCUACCUUUAAGAGUUUGGUGAAGACUCAUGAAAAGUACGGUUGGGUCACCCCGCCUGUGUCUGACGGCUGACGCUGGCGCCCAGCACAGACGCGGGAGCCGCCCAGCCACGCGCCCCCGACGCCCUGACAUCUCCUCCUCAGCGCUGCACAUCCUCCAUCCUGUUUUUAUUCGAGCCAGAACUGCAUCCUGAAUGCCAAGGAGACAUUUAAGUUAUUCACGAACAGAUGUGUUUACAGAAAGAGAGCGCACAUGCUGUUCGGGAUUAUGUUUCGAUUAUAAAUGAACGAUCAUCUCGAAGUCACUUGGGAGCAAAUGUUGACAUGGUGACAUUUCCCAUUGCCUUUAGCUUCUUUCCAUGACAACAGCUCCAGUGAGCGGGCAGGAAACUCCAUGCCCCUUCCCGCUCCAUUUCCGUGUAAGUGGCACCAUUCGUUAUUUCCUAGGAACACCGUGCAUCGCAGCACAUGUGCGCUGUACCCUGUAUCUGUUUCUCUCCCCGACAGGUCAAUGUAACUCGAAGAUGUGUCUUUCUGUGGCCUGUGGUCUGCUGUGAUGACACUUAGACCUCAUUUGUGCUAUGACCUUUGGCUCAUGAAAACACAAAUUUAACAUUACCAAGUUCUAGUGAUUUAAAACUACAACUGCCCAUUUGGUGAAAAUGUACUCUUUCUGCUGAUUUUGUGGUGUGCUGCUGUCCACAGAUAAGCCAGUGCCAUUAGAUGCUGUGGCCACAGGGCCAGACAAUGGCACAGAUGCCAGGUGCACCCCCUGGGGCUCAGAGCAAUGGACGGUCUGAUGCAAAAGGUCUCUUCCAAUAUUAGGAAAUGCUCCCAUGAGAGUGCAUUUGUGUUCCUGUCUUCUCUCAAUCACCAAAAGCAAAAGACAAUUUCCCAUUCACUGCAGGCAUCUGGCUCAUUUUAUUAUACGUGCUCGUGACAGGGAAUGGCACAACUGCCAAAGGACACCAAGUGAUCAUACGAUGAUUUGCAUGACUGGGUCUGUUUCUUCAAGCAGUAGUCACCUGUGUGUCCCCAGGCUGGGAUACAUGAACACCCCCGCUGUGGUGUAAACAUCCUAUUAUUUAAUACCCCCACAGUUUCAUUUUUCUGUUCUGUUAAGUUACUUAGAAUUUCUAAGAAACUCCAUGAAUGAGGAAAUACUGUUCCUAAUACCAGGCGGAAAGAGGUAAAAUGUUCAUUCCAAGUGGAAAAUCUUAUUGGACACAUUUUAAAUAAAAUCAUGCAUACCUGACACACGGCCUUAAGAAUCCAAUCAUUGUGGGCUAUUCUUCCAUUUAAAACACUUAAUCUACUUUUUUUAAUUUUGAUAUUUCAAAUACUACAAAUACCCCAACACGUACGUCAGGAGCAGCAUUCUGUAGCGAGGCACAGGAAAUGAGUCUUAGGAACCCCCAGUCUUGCAAAGCUCCGGUAGAUCAGCACGGUCCCCAGAAGCAAACAGGAGACGAGUAGGAGUUAAGUGGAGGUGUUCAUGACUGGGUCAAACUCACGUGUUGUCAACUGUGCUUUACUGCUAGGAAGGAAGGAAAACCUGAUUACAUACAAUUCUUCAGGCAGUUUCAGCUACUCAGGGACCUGUCCACUUGGUCAAGGAUUUUCAGAGACCCGAGAGACCUGGCCUGAAAGGAUGGGGGUCUGUUCCUCCCAGCGUAGCUGGCGAUUAACCACAUCUACGCUUUAUUGCUGCUUUUGUUUUGUACCACUUUCUUAUUUGCCCCAAAUACACAAAGACAGCUCUGCCUGGCCCGACGGCAGCGUACUGAGAAUGCGUGGCCUCCUCCUCGAGUCGCUUCCGAGCUGCAGUGGUCAUGAAGCUCGAGGACUGUGGACUUGCUGUGUCCAUUCGUCUGGUCCUCCGCGGUGGGACUCUCCAUCCUGGAAGCCUGACAUUUAGCCGGUGGUCUUUGGACCCUGGGGCUAUUGGCUAUGAUGCGAGUACACGAUGGAUAUUGAACAUGUAGGACAGAAACAUCUUCCUGGGGAAAACACCUGAGUUCAUCGCUUUCUAGAUAUUUUCCUCUUCUAAUGUGAAAUUAAAAGCAACGUUUUUUAGGAAAAAAUAUAUAUACACAUCCAAAUCUGGGUCACUUCAGUGCUGUUUAGCUGAUCGAAAAGUGUGUCCACAGUUGUUUCGGGGGUGCCACACCAGGUGGUCAGCCAAGGGGACUGCUGUAACGGGGAGUGGGGGAGGCUGUGGUGACAGCAGAGUGGGGAGACAUUUGGCUCCAUCUCAACCUCUCCGUACACCUGGAAUUCAAUUUCUUUUGGAUGGUAGUUCCCUUAGGGUUGUUAGAAACCUAAAUCGAUGCUUUAUUGAAAGAAAUACCAUUUUUCACCCAAAUUGGUAAGAAAUUCUCAUUUUAAAAGCAGUAGGAGAUCACUUAAAACACAACCUCUGCUUUGACUCUUAGAAGCUAGAACUCCCUGGAGGCCCGUACAAUUGGAGGCAAACAUGGUGGUUCCCAGCCAUCAAGGCACCCUGUGACCAUGGUGCAAAGGUCCUGCCUGUCACAUCCUGGCUUUCCAUAGGCCUCGUGCUACCCUCUGCAUAAUACACCUGCCUGUGGAGCCCAGGUGAGAAGGAGGCUCCUUCCAGGCCCAGUGAGUCUGCGGCCUGGGGCCACAUUCCCUACAAGCCAAGCAAUUGGCCCCUCUUGAGACAGACAGCAAGGGAAUAAUUGGACAGCAGGCACAGAUGUCCACAUCUUGCCAGCUCCACACUCCCACUUAUUGGCGGGAACUCAAAUCGAGCUAGAGGCCAAGAGCCAAGAAACAGAGAAAUACAAACUUUUGCUUCUCCAAAAGGAAAAAUUCCUUCCCCCCAAGAGGCUUUCCCGUCCCACCAUCCUUGUUCUUGGGCAUCUCUUCUUCCUCUUGCCAAGGCCUGUGGGUGAGACCUGCAUACGGCUUAUUGGCUCACUUUCCAGUAGAUUGAGAAUUACAAAUGCCUUGAAGUUCUAUGUGAGCAGCAAGAUGAUUACCCCUAGAUAUGUGCACACACACAGAUGCACACACACGCAUGCACACACACCAUACUCCCACGAAGUCUCACAAUCUAUAAAAUUCAUUACUCAGAAAAACCAAGGUUUAGGCCUAAAUUUUUCAGUUUCCAAGCUCAUUCCAUCUAUCAAAAUUCAACCUUAUUUUUUGAGAGAAAAAUCUGUGGAUUAGUGAAAAAGCCCUGGGGUUGAAAGACAGAAGCCCAUGUGCCUCUGUGGCCCUGGCAGGUCGUUUCACCUGCCUGAGCCUUGGUUUCCUUGGCUGUAGCUCUUACUAGAUUAGUGUGAGAAUUGACCAAAUUGAUGGAGGGAACGUGUUUUGGAGACCCAAGAUGGUUGUACGAGCUUUUACUGUAUAUUAUAACAACAGGUUUUAAUUAGAACAUACUUGGUGUGUUUAAUUAGAACAUACCAGUUCAGAAUGAAGAAUCGCUGUGGUUAAAAUAAAAUUACCUUGUCAUCAUACACGUACUUUCUGACCCCAGUGCUCUACGUUAAGUCAAGCAACCACACCACUGACCACCAAGCAUUCUCCUCUUAGAUGCAGGGAAUGUGGAAGUUUUAGACACAUCCCUUUCCCUGGAUAGGAUCUCGUAAGAUAAGAAUCACACACAGGAACUAGCAACCAGUGAGACAGUGCCAAAUUGCUUUGCAGAAAUGACAGACAUCAUAUAAGUCCAGAGCUUUCCAGACAGAACAAGAAGGUUUUGUGGAGUAAAUCAGGCUUGAGCUAUGGCCAGGCAGAGGGAAGAGGAAAAGCAGGGGGAGAAAUGGGGCCGAGGACACCCACAGAGGGUAUGGCCUGUGUCCUCACUGGUUCUGAAGGGGAGAACUGGCAGCUCCAUGACACUUGUCACCUACGGGGACCCUGUCGACAGAGCUGAUUUCAGGAGACAGGACACAGUCCAACCUCAUAGACUAGCAUGGGCAUGCAGAGCUGACCCUGGGUAUAAGAAUUAUAUUUUAGUGUUUUAUCUGAGCACUUCUGACAGCGUGCAAAAUUUUAAUGGGAUUUGCUUUCUAGAGGGGCAGGACUUGCUUCCUCACUGUAGCAAAUCUAGGAGGCUGCUUAUCUAACUUUAUGCAGUCUCCGAUGAAGGAAGCAAGCGCAGAGACACUGAGCGGCUGGUUCAACGUCAGCUGAAGGCACAAAGCCAAGGCCACUGUCUGACUGUGGCUUUCUGAUCCUUUGUGAUGCUUCUCAUGAGACCAUUAGGCAAUUCACGUGGCCCAUAUCCAAACACACACUCUACACUCCAUCACUGAGUCAGUAUAGCCAUGGGUCUUAGUUCUAAGCAGGCUGAGAAACACCCAAGUGAUCCAUUCCAUGCCAAAAGCAUGUUAGUGCAAAGGACAGUACGGGGCUUGGAGCUUAGCCCAUGUGAUCACAGUCGAUACUUUUGUUUUUUUCUCCAAAGACAUUAAAAUAACUUAUGGCUUUGUUCCUCAGUUUUGUGCUAUGUUCCACCUUAUCUUCCUAAUUUUUGCAGCCUCCAGUUCACAUAGUAUUGAUAUUGAGUACUGUUCAACCCCAGGGCCCAUCUGACCUGUAGAAUGUGGCCAACGAACUGGAAAGGCCAACAAACACGGUUGACAUUCAAGAAGGCAGUAAGCCAUGUGAGCUUGGCUCCAGAAGAGACAAGGAGCAAGCGUGCCGGCCAAACAGAAUAAUUAAAGCAGAGUAUUUGAGUAGAGUGCAGAGGCAGGGGGAAGCAAGAUUUUAUUUCAAGGUUGUAAUAGGGCUAGACAAAUGGCAGAGUGGGCCGAGAGGUUGGGCAUCAGGGAGGCAGCAGCCAGUGAGGGCAGAGAAACCCGCACUGUUUCCACCGCCAACCCACCUGACUCUCGGCAGAGUUAAACGAGGAGGCUGCAUCCUCGUUUCUUCUACUGGAGGUGAAUUAAGUGACUGUCCUACUUUGCAGACAUGCAAUCGUUUUGUAUCUCUAGAUCUUGGGCAAUCACUGGUGAUGACACUAAUUGAGCUAAAACAGAAACUGCUGUAACCUGAUGUGCUUGGUUUCGUUCCUGCUUGCCUUCUCUGCCAAUGUGAUUCUCUUUCAUGAAUGUUGUUUUCAUCAUGACGGUGGUAGGAUGCUGAUGUACAUACAUCGUGGGUUUCUGUAAACUCUCAGACUAUCACCGCAGUUCACAUUGAGACGUUGGUGUAUACUCUUUCCCAAGUUAUGCUAUUCUGUGAUCCUCAAAAGGAGAGAAAAAAAAUGCAUGUGCCAUGAAAUAAAUAGGGAAGAAAUGUUUCCACUGGAAGAUGGUGAAUGCAUGAUUUGAAUAUUCUAGAGGCACUGCCCUAAUGGGAAAAACAAUGAUUCUGGAAAG